AUGCGUAUGCUUGUUAAAGCUAGAAACAAUGGUCGGUCUAAUCUGAAGGUUGUGGGCACACGAGUAUUUGAAUCUGGUUAUACAGGAAAUAAGUCAUUGGGUAACACAGGAAAUAAAAAUUCAUUGGGUAGUGCCGGUUUUCGAAAUGGUGGUGCCGCGAGUGCGGGUGCGAGUAACGAUAUUGACGGUAAUUCCUAUAAGGAUCAAGGAAAUGGCAAUGGAGCAUGGUGCGGUAGAAGGGGCAACAACAGGGGCGGUAACAGAGGAAAUAGAGGUGGACAAAGACAGAGUCUUGAUUUUAGUGACUGUAUAUUACCACUGAAUAAAAAUCUAGUUGUUGAUACAAUUGUGAAGAAUGCAAUGGAUGUAUUGAUAGAUGAAUGGGCAAGAUCAGCUCAUUGUAUAUUUAGUAAAUCUGGUGAUGGUAGAAACAAGUUAAGGUGGAGG